AUGUCCAUGUUUCGGGCGAAAAAGCUCGAUCUGGGCUGCUUCGUCAAGGUUCGCACGAUAAGAGACCACACGAAGCGCAAGGUCUUUGAGCAAUUCGAGGCAGAGAGGCAAGCCCUCCGGUACAUUAUCCGCAACACGACGCUUGCUCCUCGCGUCCGAGCCGAAGCGCAGCUGCAGCUUACACAAAUGCACGCCUACACGCGGCCCACGCAGAUCCGAAACAGAUGCAUCAUGGGAGGGCAGGGACGUGGUGUUUUGAGCGAUUUCAAGAUGACGAGGUUUAACUUCAGGCUGCAAGCCAUGGCGGGGAAUCUGCCUGGUGUGAAGCGGGCGAGUUGGUGA